AUGGCUAAUUCUGGUCAAUAUUCAAGGGAAAGAAAAAUUUCUAACCAAUACGAUCCGGAACAAGAAGAAUAUAUUAGAAAAUGGAUCGAGGAUGUAAUAGGUGAAUCACUUCCAAAUGGCAAAUUUUCAGUUGUACUCAAAGAUGGCGUCAUAUUGUGCAACUUGAUAAACAAGUUAAGCCCAGGCAGCAUAACUAAAAUUAACAACACGAAGAUGCCAUUUAAGCAGAUGGAAAAUAUAGCUAAAUUUAUAGAGGCUACCAACAAAUAUGGUGUACCAUCUCGCGAUCUCUUCCAAACUGUCGACUUAUAUGAAGCUCGAAAUAUGAUACAGGUUUUAAGAUCGUUAGAAGCAUUAGGAAGACAGGCUCAGAAACUAGGAUAUGAUGGGCCGACAAUCGGCGCAAAAAUGGCAACCGAAAACAGACGAAGCUUUACUGAAGAACAAUUAAAGCAAAGCGAUGCUGUAAUAAGCUUGCAAUACGGCACCAAUAAGGGAGCCAAUCAAUCAGGGAUGAGAUUUCCUAGUGCUGCCUAA